CCGCGCGAGCUUGCGCUCGGCGUAUUUCGGCGUACUUUUCCGCGGGCGUGUAAGUGUAACGACGCGCCUUGCCCGGUCGAAGGCUACCCGUUGGUUCCGCCGUGAGCCGUUACGACUGGUGCGGACCUGAAGAAGUCGACCGACGCCGAGAGGAGAUCCGACAUUGGCGUUGGCGUUGGUCCGGUGCGUGAUCGCGCCAACCUCGCUGCGGACCCGGUCGGCUCGGCUCACGAGCGAUGUGACGAGCUGGGGAGCGUCUUCGAGGUGAUUUAAAGGAGGCGCGAGAGAGAUCCCCGGGGAAUCGACGACCACUCGACGCCGGGCGAGCGACUCGCAAGUCCUUUGCUUUUUCACUCGGUAGACUCGCGACCGCGCGCCCAUAACAGGCACGUGGCCACUCAAGGUCGAAGUUUCUAGUACCUAGUGCGGUACGAACUGUCAACGGGUUUUGCCUUAGUUCGUGUCGUGUUCGAAAGUCGAAAAGUCUAAACGGUUAAGUGUACAAAUACUGUCGGUCUAAAAGUAAACCCACGCCGAGUACGUGACUAAGAAAUGAGAAAAAGUUGAGUUCGAGUACGGAGUUAUACCUAUGUAUACAAGUACAUGUAUAUGCGAGUAAGUAACGCAAAGUAACGGGUUUAAAGUUCUAACCGGAGGUGUAAGUCGUGUAAGUACGAAAAUGUCGGGUGUCGGGUGUACCGUGACAAUCGUGCGCGUUAUGACUUCAAGAGCGAGUACCGCAUGGCCGCUUUUCUAUACACAGGGUAAAGUAGACCCUCGGGGCGAUGUCGGACUCCGGGUCGGAGAGCCGGUCCUCGGCGGAGGCGUUCGACCGGGCCGGCACCCCGGACACCCCGGACAGCCCCGACAGCCCCGGGUGGGCGGCCAGUCGCAGCUCGGCUUCCUCCGGGGGAAGGCCUGCCCCGUCGCCCCUCGGGAAGGCGGGGACGCCCCUCUCGGCCAGUCCCGGAUCGUCCCCGGGGAAGCCCGACUCGCCCGCGUCGUACGACUCGGCGAGUCUCGGCUCGUCCCCGGGGAAGCCUGACUCGCCCGGGUCGCCACGCUCCGGGAGGGACUCUCCCGUGGAGACGAGGUUCGCCAGGGCCAACCUGGAGGAGGAGGAGGAGACCAGGUUCGGGAGGCGCGACGGGUCCAGGACCUCCAGGAGUUCGGACAGCCGCGGCUCGAAGCCGGCCUCGCCAGACACCCGGGACGAUCCUGGUGCCGUUGACGAUGACAAACAUUGUGCAAACGAGCUGGACGGCGAGCAGAUCUCGGAUGGCGAUAUAGAGGACGAGCCGAGGCCCGCCGAGAGGGUCCCCGAGAGGGCCGUCGACCACGGCGAGGACCUCUCCGACGUGUCCGACCUGGAGAGCAUGGACGGCGCCGAGGAGGCGCCGGAAGAACGCCGCGACGACAAGGAAGAACGACCCGAACGGAUGGAGGAGGACCGCAAAGUCGUCCCCGAGGACAAGGCCCCCAGCACGACCCUCGCCGAGGAAAAUGAGCAACUCGACUUCGAGGCCGAUGGCCGGUGGAAAGACGAACGCGAGGAUGGGGACGCCGAGCCCGGGAAGGAUCAGAAGGAGGCGAAAGAGCGAGACGAGCGGGCGCCCGAGGACACUAAAGAAGAGGAGGAGGAAGAGGAUGACGAGAAGGGCGUGAUCAAGGAGGAAAAGGACGCCGCCCGGGACAAGGACCCGGAGGAAGACGGCGAGAAGGCCGAGUCGGAGCUGGAGGAGGGCGAGCUGAGCGACGGCGAAGACGCCCGCCCCGAGGAAACCGAGCCCAGGCCCGUGUGCCGGUUCUACAACCGGGGCCAGUGCACCUGGGGCGUCAGUUGCCGCUUCCUGCACCCUGGGGUCACCGACAAGGGCAACUACACCAUGUUCGACAUGGUGCGCCCCGUGGCCUUCCCGCCCCACGCCCUGGGCACCGCCUCCGGGCCCGGCCUGGAGUUCCGGGCCGGACACCCCGGGGAUCGCGCCGCAGCUCCGGGUCGACCCCUGCCCGCCGUCGCCCCCUACGCCCUCCACUCGCACAUGUCCAAGAUGGAGGAACUUCCUGCGGAGUCCGCGUGGGAGCGCGGCCUUCGCCACGCCAAAGAG